AUGCACUGUUCUAUCCGAUUAACCACAAACCAACUAGUCUUAAGCUCUAAGAUUGCUGGGAGGUGGGGCCGGGAGUACAGAUACCCGUUGACUAUAGGACAGGCUUUCACCAUCAAGUUUGUCAUUUACUACAACAAGGUCAAGAAUUCAAACUUGCCUUUUAUAAGAUCAGCACACGGACAAUAUAUUGUUUUAAAAGCAACACCUACAAGUUACCAGAGAUUUAGCUUAACGUUCGAGUGCCAGCAAGACGUCACCAUACAGCUUGAGGCCUUGUUUAACUUCCAGGAAAUCGAGAAUGAAGUCCUCAUCUCCAAACGCACCAACAACGUUUGGGACACUGAAUGCCAAUGUGUCGACGAUUUUCCCUUCACCGUCAACACGCGUUUCACAAUGACCAUUAUUUUCACGACUACGGGGAUUGAGGUAACUGUGAAUGAUGAGUUCAGGUAUACGCAGCUACCUGCAAACGGUUGCACAAGUCACAACAUCGUUUGGAGCCAACUGAUCGUCUCCAAAGUUUACACCACGUGAACCCUCUCAUUUGGGCGUCAAGAUUUGCCAAAAUGUUGACAACUUUGUGUCCUGACAAUCGACUGAUGGAAGGACGUGAUACUGAAAUCUGAUAGACUGAAUGACAAGAUUCUUACAAUUGGCCGAAUGUAGAGAAACUGACAAAAGACAGACCAAAUGUAGACAUACUGACAAUUCACAGACCGAAAGUAGAGAUACCAACAAAUGACAGACAUAAUGGCGUUAUAUUGACAAUUAACUGACCGAAUGAUGUUUUUCUGUUGGGUGAUUGUUGUAUUUUAUAGAAAUAUUUUGGAGAGCAUCUUGUAAAACACAUUUUUUAACACUGCGAAGUCCCAUUCAGUAGCCGCGUAUAAACGUUUACGCGAAUGCGUUAUAAAAAUUAACCAAAACUAAGGUACAUGUUCUAAUACUAAUUUACUCUACUAUGUUUGAAGAAAAAUUGACGUAUUUAUGUUUUCUAAAAAUAAACUUACGAGGAAUAAUUUUUACUUUAUUUGAAA